AUGGCAAUAAGCUUAGUAAUUCAUUUUUAACAUUCAAAAGUUUUUUGCUGCUCUUGCAACGUUAGACCGUUAGACGAUAUGCUCAUCAGAUUCAGAGGCACUCACACUUCCAUAUUUCACUGCAAUGGCGUCGGUUUGUGCAGCUUCAGGUCUCAAUUUCUCUACUCAUCAACCUCUACUCCUGCCCCGACCCAUUUCUUGGUCAAGUAUCUUGUUGAUUCUCUCGGAUUCUCCAAUGAAGAAGCUGCCUCUACAUCCUCCAAGGUAACUUCAGUGAAAACCUUAAAGAAUCCUGAUUUAGUCAUCAAUUUCUUGAAACAAACCGGUUUCGACAACACCCAGAUGAAAAAAAUGGUAUCUAGAGCACCCAAAAUGCUACUCCGUGAUGUUUCCAAAACCCUAAAACCCAAAUUUCAGUGCCUUAUGGAUCUCGGGUUAUCCGGGUCGGACCUAGUGAAUGUAAUUGCUAAAGAUGUACAAAUUAUUGAUAGAGGUUUAGUUACUCAUUUGAGACCUACCAUUGAUUUUCUUAGGAGUAUUUUGGGUAGUGAUGAAAAUGUAGUUAAGGCAUUAAAGAGAGCUCCUUGGUUGCUUACUUUUGGUCCUCAUCAUACUAUGGAGGCUAAUCGAUUGUUGUUGAGAAACAUUGGGUUUUCUGAUGAGAAAAUAAGAAAACUUGUGGUUAUAUAUCCUAAUUAUCUUACACAAAAGCCUGAAAGGAUUAAGGAUUUGUUGCAUAGACUGGAGAACGAUUUUCAAGUUCCGCGUGACUCCCCAUUUUUUCAUUAUGGAUUUCAAGUGUUAUCCUCGCAAAAGAAAUCUAUGUUGGAUAGAAAGAUUGGAAUUUUCAAGAGUUUUGGAUGGUCUGAUGAUGAUAUACUUGAGAUGUUCCGGAAGUUACCUUAUUGUAUUGGGCUUUCAGAAGUUAGAAUUCAGGAAAAACUGAAUCUUUUCAUGAAGGAGCUUGGUCUUGGACCAGCUUACUUGGUUUCUCAUCUAGGUGUUUUGAUCUAUAGUCUGGAAAAAAGGGUGGUACCUCGGAUGCAAGUGUUGAAAAUUUUGGACGAAAAGAAGCUUGAGAGAAGAAACUUGGCCCUUUCUAGUGUUCUGAGCAUAUCUGAGUCAAGAUUCAUAAGGUAUUUUGUGCUUCCCUACAAGGAUCAGAUACCUGAUCUGAAUGAACCACUCCAGAAAACGGUGGCUCCUUAGUAGUUUUUGGUUUACGUUUGGUACUAAGGGUGCUGAGAUCUUUCUGAAAUUUUCAUUUGUAAUUCAAUACAUUUUGACAGGUAACAACUAAAACAUCAUUCGUAUAGUCAGGAUAUAGUUUAUUGAAACGUCUUCUUCAUAUUUACAAGUCUGAACUGCGGUAAGCUGUACAGUUUCAAUACACCUUGUUGUUAAACUGAUUCCCUUGGGCAGUUACCUCAGAGUUUGUUCCAGAAGACAGAAAUCGAAUACUAUUUUUGCUUACUCAAUUGGUCAGAUCUGAUGUUGUUGACAUCUAAAGAAUUUUUGUUGUACCUUUGGACUCUUUUAGUCCUUCUCUUAACUUUGAUGUGAAGUUGAAGUGUUUAACAUU